AUGCCUCCUGCCCUCUACCCAGGGAGAUUUGACCUCCAGCAGCCUGGGGUUGGCAAAGCCCCCGUGCAGGUGUACCUGGAACGGCAGCUGGGAAACCUGGAUUCAUUUCUUUGUGUCGUAGGAAUGGGCAACGGCUGUGACAAGUCAAUGCGCUACCCCGUCAGGGCAAGCGCGACGUGCUUACAGGCAAGAAGCAAAGGGGAAAUGACAGGUGAAGAAGUGACAUACGCAGACCUGAGAUUCAUGACACUGGAAAAAUCCCAGGACCAGGAGCUCCAGACUGCCAGAGCAAAAGAUUCCCCCAGCCCGUCUUCCUGUUGGCGACUGGCUACAGUGGCACUCGGCAUCUUCUGCCUGAGUUCAGUGGCAGCUGCAGGAGUCUUGGCUGCCAGGUUCAUCCUGGUCUGCCACCUUGUGCAUGAAAGGGAUGAAAACUUCACCCUGCAAAAGGCAAUUAUGGAAAGACUCAACCAGCAGCUGGAGCUCCUCCAGGCUCAGAAUUUGAACUUGACAGAGACUGACUUUGUAACGCGAUCAGCGGAGUCUUACAGUUCUUACUCUUUCUGGACUGGGCUGUCUCGCAAUGGAGCUGAGGGGCCCUGGCUGUGGGAAGAUGGAUCAGCUUUUUCCCCUGAUCUGUUUCAGAUUCAGCGAGCCAGCUCAAGCCCUCUCCUAGAUUGUGUGUGGCUUCAAGGUGCAAACAUAGACACUGCACGGUGUGGCGAGUACAAAUUUUACAUUUGUGAGAAGGCGGUGGAUCCUGCCAUGGCCAAGCAAGGGAUCUAUUUGGACGGGCACUAG